UGACAUAUAUUUAAAAGGAACCCAUUAGUGGCGUGGCAAUUCGAUAAACCUUUUUUUAAACCGUUUUGUAAAGAUUUCAAUCAGAUGGUGAUUACGUGGGGCUAAUAAUAUAAAUAUGAGGAUUGUGAAUGAUUUAUGAGCGAUCUUUUUUUCUGCAAUAGAUUGGUCCAGCCUGACCUGCUGUAAAGCAGUUUGAUAUUUGGUCAACAUGGCUGCGUCCUGCGCUGUUGGUUUGGGUGUUUCGUUGGCGAGAGGACUCGUGAGAUACGCAGAGGCAAGCCGGUUGCUUGCACCAUGCAGAGUCCUGCCUCAAUCCUGCAUCCAUACAACCACCGCUCUGGAAGGCAAUAAAAACUGGGAGCGAAAGAACCGCGUCCUGCACCAGCCGCAGCCUCCCGAGGAAACACGCAGAGCAGCCGAAGUAUACCACUGUCGAAGACAAAUUAAAUACAGCAAGGACAAGAUGUGGUAUUUGGCAAAAAUGAUCAGAGGCAUGACUAUUGAGCAGGCCAUAGCACAGCUGGAGUUCAAUGACAAAAAGGGGGCGGCAAUAAUCAAAGAGGUUCUUCUGGAAGCCCAGGAGAUGGCAGUGAAAAGCCACAAUGUGGAAUACAAGUCGAAUCUGUAUGUUGCCGAGUCCUUCUCUGGUAAGGGUCAGUAUCUGAAGCGAAUCCGAAUCCAUGGCAGAGGCAUGUUCGGCAUCAUGGACAAGGUGUACUGCCAUUACUUUGUGAAGCUGGUGGAGGGCGUGGCUCCCACAGAGGAGCCGAGGACUGGCUUUGAUCAGGCCAAGGAGUAUGUGCAACAGCUUCGCAAUCGAACCAUCAUCCACUCUCUGUAGCAAAGAAACACAUGGCAUCCUCCAGCGAGCCCUCACACAUCAUCCUACAGCAAGCCCUCACACAUCAUCCUCCAGCAAGCUCUCACACAUCAUCCUCCAGCAAGCUCUCGCACAUCAUCCUCCAGCAAGCUCUCGCACAUCAUCCUCCAGCAAGCCCUCACACAUCAUCCUCCAGCAAGCCCUCACACAUCAUCCUCCAGCAAGCUCUCACACAUCAUCCUCCAGCAAGCCCUCACACAUCAUCCUCCAGCAAGCUCUCACACAUCAUCCUCCAGCAAGCUCUCACACAUCAUCCUCCAGCAAGCUCUCACACAUCAUCCUACAGCAAGCCCUCACACAUCAUCCUACAGCAAGCCCUCACACAUCAUCCUCCAGCAAGCUCUCACACAUCAUCCUCCAGCAAGCUCUCGCACAUCAUCCUCCAGCAAGCUCUCGCACAUCAUCCUCCAGCAAGCCCUCACACAUCAUCCUCCAGCAAGCUCUCGCACAUCAUCCUCCAGCAAGCUCUCACACAUCAUCCUCCAGCAAGCUCUCGCACAUCAUCCUCCAGCAAGCUCUCACACAUCAUCCUCCAGCAAGCUCUCGCACAUCAUCCUCCAGCAAGCUCUCGCACAUCAUCCUCCAGCAAGCUCUCACACAUCAUCCUCCAGCAAGCUCUCACACAUCAUCCUCCAGCAAGCCCUCGCACAUCAUCCUCCAGCAAGCUCUCGCACAUCAUCCUCCAGCGAGCCCUCACACAUCAUCCUCCAGCAAGCUCUCACACAUCAUCCUCCAGCAAGCUCUCGCACAUCAUCCUCCAGCAAGCCCUCACACAUCAUCCUCCAGCAAGCUCUCACACAUCAUCCUCCAGCAAGCUCUCGCACAUCAUCCUCCAGCAAGCUCUCGCACAUCAUCCUCCAGCAAGCCUUCACACAUCAUCCUCCAGCGAGCCCUCACACAUCAUCCUCCAGCGAGCCCUCACACAUCAUCCUCCAGCGAGCCCUCACACAUCAUCCUCCAGCGAGCUCUCACACAUCAUCCUCCAGCAAGCUCUCGCACAUCAUCCUCCAGCAAGCCUUCACACAUCAUCCUCCAGCGAGCUCUCACACAUCAUCCUCCAGCAAGCUCUCGCACAUCAUCCUCCAGCAAGCUCUCGCACAUCAUCCUCCAGCGAGCCCUCACACAUCAUCCUCCAGCAAGCUCUCACACAUCAUCCUCCAGCAAGCUCUCGCACAUCAUCCUCCAGCAAGCCUUCACACAUCAUCCUCCAGCAAGCUCUCGCACAUCAUCCUCCAGCAAGCUCUCACACAUCAUCCUCCAGCAAGCUCUCGCACAUCAUCCUCCAGCGAGCUCUCGCACAUCAUCCUCCAGCAAGCUCUCGCACAUCAUCCUCCAGCAAGCUCUCACACAUCAUCCUCCAGCAAGCUCUCGCACAUCAUCCUCCAGCGAGCCCUCACACAUCAUCCUCCAGCAAGCUCUCACACAUCAUCCUCCAGCAAGCUCUCGCACAUCAUCCUCCAGCAAGCUCUUUUUUGUGUUGAUCUAAACAAUAAACAUGAUAUCCAGUCCAUUUCCAAA